AUGUUUCCUGUUGUACUUUAUUUCUUGAAAUUUCUUCAACUACCUAAAACGAUGACGGUUUGGUGUUCCGUCUCCAUAUCUAGGCUCUCCUUGACCAGCUUCAGCAGAGUAGCCGCUUCUUUCCCUCUUCCAUGUCGCAGUGUAAUUAGCAGAAGAAUCUCUGCGAAAAUGCCAACAGGCUCAUCAUCCAUCCAAAUCACUCAUACUUUAAAGUUACCAAGUCAACCUAGCGAUCCCGUGACUGUUGUUGCCGCUCCUGGUGUCUCCGAUUCCGAAUUCAGAUUAGCUAUCGGUUCAUCUUUAUUUAAGCAGUGGCUAAAGAACAUUCAAAGUGAAAAAGGACUCCUUGUGGAUGGAUCUUUGUCUCUAAAACAAGUCCUCAUUCAGGGGGUUGACAUGUUUGGCAAUCGUCUUGGCUUUCUCAAGUUUAAAGCAGAUGUCAUUGACAAGGAAACAGGACAAAAGGUUCCAGGUAUUGUUUUUGCACGAGGACCAGCUGUAUCUGUCCUAAUCCUACUGGACUCCGAGGGGAAAACUUACACUGUUCUUACAGAGCAGGUUAGAGUGCCUGUUGGGAGGUCUAUUUUGGAGCUGCCAGCUGGGAUGUUGGAUGAUAAUGUUGGCGAUAUUGCUGGCACAGCAAUACGUGAGGUAGAAGAAGAAACCGGGAUUCAAAUAAACUUAAAUGACAUGAUUGACCUCACAUCUUUUCUAGACCCUUCCACUGGAUGCAAAGUUAUCCCUUCACCGGGUGGAUGUGAUGAAGAACUUAGCUUGUUUCUAUACAGAGGAAGUGUGAGUCGAGAUGUUAUUAAAGAACUUGAAGGGAAAGAAACCGGGCUUAGAGAACAUGGUGAAAUGAUCAAAGUCCAUAUCGUCCCUUAUGACACACUUUGGCGUAUGACACCUGAUGCUAAAGUAUUAAUGUCCAUUGCCAUAUAUGAAAUGGCCAAAAGAGAAGGUUUGCUGCCUCAAAAAGAGAAUGAUUUGCAAUAG